AAGUAAACAAGCGCACAAACCGAGCCGAACGUCUGGCCGGGCAGAAGAGCGUUGGUUGGAACAACAAUGAUGCCGAAACGAUCACGUCUGGGUGACGUCCGCGGGCCAAUUUCGAACGGACCGAUGCAAUCGCGCCCACUGGUCGCCCUGCUCGAUGGGCGCGACUGUUCGAUUGAGAUGCCCAUACUGAAGGAUGUGGCCACGGUUGCAUUCUGCGAUGCACAGAGCACAUCAGAGAUUCAUGAAAAAGUAUUAAACGAAGCCGUCGGCGCACUGAUGUGGCACACAAUCAUUCUGACGAAGGAGGAUCUGGAAAAGUUCAAAGCCCUCCGGAUAAUCGUCCGGAUUGGAAGCGGAGUCGAUAAUAUUGACGUGAAGGCGGCCGGCGAGCUCGGUAUCGCCGUCUGCAAUGUGCCCGGGUACGGCGUCGAGGAGGUCGCCGACACGACCAUGUGCUUGAUCCUGAACCUUUACCGGCGGACCUAUUGGUUGGCGAACAUGGUGCGAGAAGGCAAGAAAUUUACGGGCCCGGAACAGGUGCGAGAUGCAGCGCAGGGAUGUGCCAGAAUACGCGGUGAUACACUUGGGUUGGUUGGACUGGGACGCAUUGGCAGUGCGGUCGCGCUGCGAGCAAAAGUAUUCGGCUUCAAUGUGAGCUUCUACGAUCCGUACCUGCCGGACGGUAUCGAGAAAUCGCUCGGACUCAACCGCGUCUACACACUGCAAGAACUGCUGUUCCACUCCGAUUGCGUCUCGCUGCACUGUACAUUAAAUGAACAUAAUCAUCACCUUAUCAAUGAGUUUACGAUUAAACAGAUGAGACCCGGUGCAUUCCUGGUAAAUACGGCACGCGGUGGCUUGGUGGAUGACGAGGCGCUAGCCGUCGCACUGAAGCAAGGUCGAAUCCGGGCGGCAGCACUAGACGUUCAUGAGAAUGAGCCAUACAAUGUAUUUCAGGGUGCCCUGAAAGAUGCCCCCAACCUGCUCUGCACGCCACACGCUGCCUUCUACAGCGAAGCGGCCACGACGGAACUGCGCGAGAUGGCGGCGAGCGAAAUCCGACGGGCAAUCAUUGGCAAUAUACCGGAGUGUCUCCGGAACUGCGUGAACAAGGAAUACUUCCUGCGUUCGUCGACGGGCGGUGGAGCCGGCGGAUACUCAGAAGCUGGUAUAAAUGGCGGCUAUUAUUCAGGUGGAUUACAGCAAGCCCAUAGUACAACACCGCUCGAGGCACCACACAGUGCAGGAUCGCAUGCGCCACCCAGCGGCGGCGGUCCCCCGCCACCGUCCGUUGCCGUAAUACCGCCUGUUUCCGCUGUUACAGCGCCACCACCACAAGCCUCUUAGUGCCCCAGAUCCAAGUAAUCAUCAUUCGGUUAAGCCGGAACCAUCAGAAGUACAUUAGUUUUUAUCGUAAUGAAAAUAAUAUUAUAUAUAUGCUGCUACUACCUUUACAAUG